AUGAUUAGCCAAGUAUCUACUCGUCAACGAAAGCCGACCAAAUCACAAACUGAAGCUGUGGCUUGUGUUUCUCAGAAUAAUUCGCCCUCUGUGAAGGAGUUAAGGGAGCGUGAAAAGGCCGAGCGCGAACGCAUCCGACAGGAAAAGCGUGAACAGGUUGAACGAGAGAAGGAAGCCAAACGUCUUCAACGCGAGGCAGAGCGGAAAGCUCGUGAACGUGAAAAGGAGGAGGAAAGAGCUCGUAAAGAGGAAGAGAAACGAGCUAAAGAACGUGAAAAAGAGGAAGAAAGGGCUCGCAAAGAAGAAGAGCGAAAAGCUCGAGAACGCGAAAAGGAAGAAGAAAGAGCGAGGAAGGAAGAGGAGAGGAAAGCCAAAGAGGAAGAACGCAGGAAGCGUGAAUUGGAAAAACUCCGUGAGGAGGAGGAGCGUCAGCGCAAACUUGAGAAACAACGCGCUUUUAUGAAAUCUUUCGUUAUCCUCAACAAAUCCACCGAAAUCUCCAAUGAAAAUUCGGAUAGUUGUGAUCCUAACUCGCGUUUCAUGAAAUUUCAGCUUAGGAAAGAUCAGAAAUUAGCUCCACUGUGUAGAAUUGAUUCUGAAUCUCUGUUGAAGAAAAAAUGGCAGAAUAUUGAAGAUCUGGUGAUCUCGUGGAGGGAUGAGGAGCAAUUGCCUAUUGAUGGGUCAAAGCUAGGUUUAACCCUCUUUGGGCGGCCAAAUUACCUGCUAGAAUUAAGGAAAGGGCAAAUUGAGCCAAUGUCGUAUCCUCCUACUUGGCCUUUAGAACCGCCUGAGGGCUUGGGCGUGCUUAUACAGGAUAUGAGUAAUCAGCCAUUCAAUUAUGGCGAUUCGGGGAAUGGAGGUGUUGUCUGGGUGAGGACAAAGUAUCUGUACUUUGAUUGCAAUGUUCGACCACCGUAUUUUGGAACCUACAGAAGUAGAAGUGCUGUUGUUGCACCCAGGAGACCUUUCGCCAAGGAUGUUCAACGAUUGGACUAUGAUUAUGACUCUGAGGAGGAGUGGGAGGAAGUUGAAGGUGAAAGCCUAACUCAUUCGGAUCAGGAAGAUGAUGAUGACGUUGAUGACUCAGACGAGGAUGUCAAGUUUGUCGUGCCCCAUGGUUACCUCUCUGACGAUGAACGAGAGGGUGCAGACGAUGACCCUGAGCCCACAGAUGAGCCUUGUCAAAUGAAACGCCUGCGCCAACAACUUGCUAUGGUCGAGCACGAGGCUCUCUACAAUCGGGGCAAUCGUAAACUUCGUCCCCUUCUGAUUGGCCCCAUAUGGUCACGAAAUCCCCUCUCAGAAAUAACUAAAAGAGAGGAUGGAACGGCAGUUCAGGCGGAUGCUUCAAAUCAGAAGGCUUGCUAUGACACUGUUGUGGGAGAGGAUAAGGAGAAUGAUAAGGCCGCUGCUACUGUGAUCGAGGAAGGUGAGGAGGAGAGGAGGGUGGUCAUGACGGAGAAGGAAUUGGCUUUUAAUCAGGAGGUAUUGGGCAACUUUGCGGUUUACUUGUGGCCGGAGGUCAGUGUCCCGGUGUCUAUUUCGACUAAGCCUGUUGAAGGUCAACAAGUAGAGAGGGCGAAGAAAAGAUUCCCUCCAAGUGCUCUUCCUUACUUGAUUCGCCUUUUGCACAAAAAUCAACUGAGCAAAACGAAGCUCCAGUUCGAAUUUCGCGCUUUCUGGUUAAAUCAUACCUGGAGUGGAGAGGGCAAGCCACCGUUGGAGCAUUUCCGGCACUUCCAUGAUGUGGAUGAUAGUGCUGAUACCGAUGACAAACCACAGCCGUCCUCGAAGGUUCUCCCCAUUUCAAAAGCCUCUGUAUUGCGAAAAAUCACUGAAAUUGGAUCAUUUGAAGAUGGCGUAUGGCGUGUGCGACCUGAGGUGUUGGAAGCGAAUAGAGACGCGAUUCUAUCACUCAAAGGUCUCCCUCCAAUUGACAAUUCCGUCGAUCCUACGUGUUCCACCGUUGACUUUCCCCCUUGGCCGUAUAUCACUGAUGUGAAUGUCAAAAUCAGGAGAAAAUCGAUGCCAUCCUCUCCAGCUGUACCCACUGCACUUGUAGAGUCUGUGAAAGAUCAGCCAGAAGAACAGCCAGCGGUUGAAACUCCCUUAGUAACUAAAAAACGUUCCACGCUGACGGAUUUCUUUGCCACUCCACCACCUAAACGGCCGAAGAAAGAGCAGGUGGGUAAUAAAAAUUAA